AUGCAGCUGUCAUCACCAACGAGACGGCGGACGUCGCCGACGACGACGUCGACGUCGAUCCUCUCGCUCCUGAUGCUGCUCUCCGGUAUCAGCACGGCGGCGAAGCUAGAGUGCGAAAAGAUCGCAACCGACGGCUUCACGUUUAACCUGGACGCGCUAAAGGGUCCGCACACGGUCAUCACGAGCGUCCACCACGGCACGCGCUUCACCAACGUCACAUACUCGCUCGACCUGUGCGGGCCGCUCAAGAGGAAGGACGACGUCAAAAAGGAGGAUGCGUGCCCUGAGGGUUCAUGGGUAUGCGGCAUCUGGCACAACAUCGACACGGCAGCCAAGACGGACUCGAUCGUCGAGAUCCGCCCCAUCGCGGGCGACGUGGACGGGGCGACGCUGGACCCGGUCGCGACGCGGCUGAGCACGUCGAGCGCCGCCGGGGACAAGGACAAGGUCGGCGUGCGGCUGGUUCUGCAGGGCGGUCACUACAACGGCAGGAAGCAAAAGGCCGUCGUCGAGGUCCUCUGCGAUGACAAGCUCGACGGCACGGAGGGGGAGUGGAAGUCGGACGAGCUGGGCAUCCCCGCGUCCCCGUCGGCGGCUGCCGCUGCCGAGGACGGCAAGGACAAGGACGACGUCCCCCACCAGCUCAAGAAGGACGGCGCCGCGCUCAUCUGGGACGGCUACGGCCCCUCCGAGGAGGACCCCAAGAACAUGGACGUUUUGAAGCUCACGUGGAAGACGAAGCAUGCUUGCGAAAAGAGGAAUGAGGGUGGUGGUGGUGGUGGCAACAGUGACAAAGGCGGCAGCGGCAGCGGUGAUGGUGACAAGGAUAAAGGAAGCCAGGACGAAAGCAAGCACUGGGGUUUCUUUACCUGGAUGAUUAUUCUCGUCUUCCUUGGCGUGGCGGCAUACCUCAUCUUUGGCUCAUGGCUCAACUACAACAGGUACGGCGCGCGGGGCUGGGACCUCCUUCCCCACGGCGACACGAUCCGCGACGUUCCCUACCUGAUGCAGGAUUGGAUCCGGAGGGUGGUGCAGACCUUGCAGGGCGGUGGGAGCAGAGGAGGGUAUAGCGCGGUGUGA